UUUAACACCUGGUAAAUUAUAUAAAGCUUCAACUUCUUCCGGAGCUAUUACAUUAGAAGUCAAUCAUCAUAUCACAAUAGAUUUAAAUCUUGUCGAUAGUAAACAAAUUACAUUGACAGCACAUCAAGUGUUUAUUCAAUUGACUCAUCAAAAAACUCAACAAGCGAUCACAUUCACUUGUACAGAAACAAUUAAAAAUAAACAGUCAAUAAAGAAAAAUUACAAAUUACUACUUGAUCCAGAUGCAUCUGCAGCUGAAUUUGAUUAUCUUUCAGGGAUAUAUAAAGUCGACCUAAUUGUUGGUGAUUCAUCGAUCAAAGCUCCAAUCCUUUGGCAUAUGUUUGAUUUGGACCUUCGAUUUAUUGGUGAAGCCGGUGAUGAAACGAAACGUCGUAUUGAGGAGGCUACUGAUAUUUCACGUCAAGAAUCAUCUUCCCCAGCUGGUUCCAAACGUGCAUUUACCGCUAGUGCUAUCAUUGGUUCUGGACCAACAACAGCUAAGCCAGAAAUUGAUCAUGUGUUUCGUACUCCGGAAAAACGUGCACCUCCUGUUUUGGCUCUUUCAUUUACAGUUCUUUGUCUACUUCCAUUGCUUGGCUUAGUUAUAGCU